AUGCUACCAGUGUUGUCAAAAAACACUACCAUUUGAGGAUAACUUUUCAAAAUUUUAGCUUUUGCCCUCAUUGACCCUGAUUGGACCCCCCUGUUAGGCCAUAAUGGGAGUACCCCCCUGGGCCUUAGAGUCACAAGACCAACUUGCAGGCAGCUAGGAACUCGCUGUUGCUUUCAUACAUCGGGGACAAUGCAAGUACAUUAUAAAGAGUGGAUUCUGUAACUUGAAACCGGUGCGUCUGUCUGUAAUUCCCAUUUACUUGCUAGCAGGAUGUUUGAGGACUAAAUUAUCUUUGAAUAAAAAGUCUAAAAAGAGUAUCUUCGAAGGCAUCAUGUUAAUGGCUUUACAUUGAAAACCACUUGGCCAAUUCACAACUUCGUUAUUCUUUAAAACUGUGUCAAUACAGGUGUAACUAAUAUUUAGCUGUCCAUCAUUUCAACAACAGAGAAAUCUCAAGAUUUCAAGGCUAUUUUCGAUAGCUUUGAUAGAGGAUUUAUCUUGGAAAGAAUUGGUCGUCAGAUGUGUGCAGAAUAACGCGGUUAUACAGCAGAUGCUUAGCUUUAACCAGCUUUACAUGAUCGAGUACAAUUACGGAGGAAGAGAGUAAAUUUAGUAAGUGAGUAACAAGGAAGAGAGUAAAGGGGUUGAGAAGUUUUGGUUGUGGUUCAUUCUGGAAAAAAGUGAGUUUUCUCCUUUGAAAUUUCCGCUGGUUAAGGUGCCCCAAUGUAUUUCAACGGAACACACAAGACAAAGACAUGUUUGAUUCUGGUAUAGCCGCAAUUCUAGAUGAAUGAAUAAAAGAGAGUGUACUGAAAAGCAGAAAAGACACAGAGUACAGAAUUCCACCAGAAAGAUGAUCUUGCAAAAUUCAACUUUCGCAAAUAGCAGCAAUUUGAAGCCAGAACAUACGUUUACUAACGCGGAAGAUAUUAUAACAAAACUUUUAUACAUUGUGAUAGCUUUUGUAAACUUUGCUGGAAACUUUGUGCUGAUUUUUGUCAUCUGGAAGCAAAAGAGAAUUCACAAUACUGUGAAUCUUCUUCUGUUGAAUCUUGCACUAGCAGAUAUUGUUUCUGGCAUCGCGAUAUUCCCGUAUCUUUUCAUCAAAGGACGUUCUGAUAUAAUUUGUGGAAUCAAGGAUGGCCUGCCUAUUUUCCACGCAGCAUCAAUGGUCAAUUUUCUAACGCUUGGACUUUUGUCUCUAAGUCGAUAUAUGCUCAUAAACCACCCUACUAGGCCAAAAUGGCGGAUCAGAAAAAGAUCCGUGAAAUGGCUAGCUUUGUGCACAUGGCUGACUGGAACGAUACUUGUGAUACCAAAUGUUGUAUUAUCUCGCUAUAGCCAAAGCACAAGAAUCUGCGAAUACCACUGGUUGAAUGGAUUUGCUUCAAAGCUAGCCUUUGUGGUAACAAACGUCAUUGCAGGUACAGCACUAUUCGCUUUAAUAUUCACUUACUUCUCGACGGUAUACACCCUGUGGUUUAGGCCAACAGCAAGGCGACUUACACGGAGUAACUCUAUAUCAAGCACGCAGUCAAGCCGAAAAAGAGUGAGCAUUCUUCUUGGCAUGCUAAUAGUAGCAUUUCUGGUUUGCUGGGUUCCGUUCACAGUUUACUGGGUACUGUCUGCUGGGUUGGACCACUUCCCUGACACUAUGGAGGGGUAUAUCGAGAAAACAAGACUCAAACGAUACACAGUGCUGGUUGCCUUUCUAAAUACGUUGAGUGAUCCUAUCUUCUACGCUCUCGGGAAUCGACAGAUUAGAGAAGAAGCUGUUAGAGCACUAAAGAGUUCUAAAGCAACCAGUGCAGAUCAAACGGUGAUAGCUUUUGAAUGAGUGGACACGACAAACGAUAGAACUGUUAUUGAGCAACACUAAAACCAAUCAUCUUUUGGUUUGAAGAUAACAUUUGAAUUUUUAAAAAAAAACUGAGGGACGCCUAUCCUUGGCCCUCUUCUUGACCUGCUUUUACUUGUAGUUUGUUUUAAAAAUUUAAUAUGAUGCAGAGAUCUAAUAUGAUGUUAAGUUUAAAUAUGAUGCAGAAUUCCUAACCAAAAUUAAAGAUCAUAUGAAUUAGAUUUGCUGCAAGCGGUUCAGCGAAAAAAGAUUUGCACUGGC